AUGUUCUUGAAGAGAAUGGAGAGAAGAAGCCUCCACCAAUGGGGAGGAAACAAAAGCGACAGCAACGCGCACAGAACUUUAGAAGAACUACCAACGCAAAAGUUAUUGCAGAACUCGCGGAACGCGAGACUCUUUGCUGAUGUUGCGGAUAAGUACGAAGCAUCUAUGUCUGUAGUGCCUGUUAAUAAGACCGUGCCAAUGCCACUCACCACCCGUGGGCUUGGUUUUACAGUAGAAGCAGUGCACCGGAAAUUAGCUUCAGUGCUCGGAGACCAAAUUGCGAAUACAAUGGAUGAAACACAAUUAUAUCGAUACACACUUUGCCAAUUUGCUCUCGCGCUGAAGAAUGGGCUUCCGUACCUGGCCAACACCGAUGUCCCGGUCCGUGAUCCUGGGAUGUACCAGACUACUCGAGAGAUUGAGGAAGUCUACGCCGGAAAUCCGAGCAACUUUGGAGUUAUUGCUGCUUUGAUCAACGCAGUAGGAAAAGUUUCUUAUGAGACCGUUGUUUAUGCACCUUUUGUUCCUGUAGCUGGAUUAUCUCCAUAUCAUCUGACAAUUCAGAACCUUCGCAGUGCAGUUGUUGCUAUGUCAAACCGAGCAACGCCACGCGAAUUGAGGGUCAUUUUCUACGAACAUAACCCAAUUCCUGGUUGCAUCUGGAAUGAGGAACUCGCUGAAGCACAGCCACCUCCUGCCCUCCAUCAAGUCAGAGGACGUAGAGACAUCAGAGAUCGCCGUCAACGUGAACUUGACGCCCGUCGCCGUAUCGUCGAGAACCCCGACUUUCCGCUGCUAAUGCACUCCAUAUAUGGGAACCACCCCCAGUACAGCAAAGUCACCUUUUCAGUACUCCUUUUUGUGAAGCCGAAUUGGAAUGUGCCAUAA